UGACAGCAGCGCCCGGGAAUGCAGCUGGGAGGGUCUCUCCGCCCCCCCCUCCGCCCGCCAGCCUGGGGCGCAGCCGCUCCCCACUGCUUGGGGGCCCUAGUUGGGGGUGGCGCGGGCGGGGGCGGAGAGUCCUGGAAUCGUGGGGAGCCCAGACGCGCCGGGGUGUCCUUACCGUCCAGGACGGCCCCACAGGCAGGGGGAGUGGGAGGAUCGGGGGCCAAGACCCCAGUAGGGGCACCAUCCCGACUUCGACUUCGGGGACGAGCCGACCCGGGGCGUGGCGACCUGGGUCGCGCACAUUCCCGGGCCCUGAGCGCCGCGCUCGGAAUAGCAGCGCGGGGUGGCGGGUGCCGGCGCCCGGUCCCAAGGUCGCCUGCACCCACAGGCCGGGACACCGCGCGGGGGCGCACGAAGUGCGCUACCCUCCCCAGCGCGCCCCGCGCCCCGCAGCUUCCGCUCGCCUGGGGUACCCGGAGCCGGCCCGCUGCGCAACCGACCCCCUGGCUAUGCGCCACACCCCUGUGGAUGAGGCCAGGAGGUGCCAGCUGGAUCCAAGCCAGGGUCUCGCAGAAUCACGGACUGACCCCAGCUGGUCCCAGCUGCACAGAUGGAAAGACUGAGGCCUGGGGAAGUGGAGUGGCUGGCCUGUGGCCACACAGGAAGGUAGAAGCAAUGAGGACCUGGAAAGUGAGACGAGAAGGGCUCAGAGAGGUUUGGUUAGUUACUUGCCAAGAUCGCACAGCCCUCUAGGGCAGAGAUGGGGUUCGGCCCCUGUCCCGCGGGGGCCAGCUGCAUGGGCCUCCUCUGCUCCCCCAGGCCCCGCCCCCUGCAGAAUCUCCUUCUCUUGCUAUGGACCCUUCUAAACUGCAGCUUGGGGGGCAGUGCUCAGGGUCCCGGAGAGUGGACGCCAUGGGGGUCUUGGACCCGCUGCUCCAGCUCGUGCGGGCGGGGCGUCUCAGUGCGCAGCCGCCGCUGCAUCCGGCUUCCAGGAGAAGAACCGUGCUCGGGGGACAGCCACGAGUACCGCCUCUGCCAGCUGCCAGACUGCUCACCAGGGGCUGUGCCUUUCCGAGACCUUCAGUGUGCCCUCUACAAUGGCCGCCCUGUUCUGGGCACCCAGGAAACCUACCAAUGGGUGCCCUUCCAUGGGGCGCCCAACCAGUGCGACCUCAACUGCCUGGCUGAGGGGCAAGCCUUCUACCACAGCUUCGGCCGCGUACUGGACGGCACGCCUUGCAGCCCGGGAGCCCAGGGACUCUGCGUGGCUGGCCGCUGCCUUAGCGCCGGCUGUGACGGGGUGCUGGGUUCCGGCGCCCUCGAGGACCGCUGUGGCCUCUGCGGCGGCGCCAACGACACAUGUCUCCUCGUGCAGCGCGUGUUCCGGGACGCUGGUGCCUUCGCCGGGUACUGGAACGUGACCCUGAUUCCCGCGGGCGCCAGACACAUUCGCGUGGUGCAGCGGAGCCGGAACCACCUGGCGCUGAUGGGCGGUGAUGGGCGCUACGUUCUCAACGGGGACUGGGCAGUGAGCCCUCCGGGCACCUACGAGGCUGCGGGCACCCACGUGGUUUACACCCGCGCCGCGGGGCCCGAGGAGACGCUGCACGCGGCCGGGCCCACCACACAAGACCUACUCCUGCAGGCGCAGGCGCAGGUGCUGGGCUGGGCGCCACGGCAGCCGCAGCCCCGUGAGGUGGAUCCUCAGCCGCCUCAGCUCCUUGAACCCCCCGCGGCCCGCGCCCCAACCCGGGCCCCAGGUCCCUGCCCACCCUGCCCUGACACCCGUGGUCGCGCCCACCGGCUGCUACAUUACUGCGGAAGCGACUUUGUGUUCCAGGCCCGCGUGCUGGGCACCCACCGCCAGGCCCAGGAGACCCGCUACGAGGUGCGAAUUCUGCUCAUCUAUAAGAACCGCUCGCCACUGCGGAUGCGCGAGUACGUGUGGGCGCCCGGCCCCUGCCCCUGCCCACCGCUGGCUCCACAUCGGGAGUACCUGCUGGCUGUCCGACGCCUCAUCAGCCCCGAUGGUACCCAGGACCGGCUGCUGCUGCCACACGCUGGCUAUGCCCGGCCUUGGAGCCCUGCAGAAGACAGCCGGGCACGUCUGGCGGCCAGGCGCUGCCCUGUCUGAGUUCCUAGAGGGGGCCUUCAACACAUUUGGCCCCAAAUGGCCCAAACUGCAAGAAACACCUGACCAGGCUCAAAUCCAGCAUAUUUCUCCUCUUACCCUGGUGUCCAGGGAGCUCAGAAGUAUCUCCCACUUGCAACUAUGUGAUUCUCUGUCAUACACGGACACCUUUGCAUACAGCUGGAUCCACUGCCAGGAGCAGGCAGCACUGCAGAGGACACUCUGAGACUGAGCAGACCCUGACUCUUAUUUCCCCUCUCACCUUGGCUGUCAGGAGGCUCGUAGUAGUUUUACACUCAGAAA